UGUGCUUAAUAUGUACCUGACAGGUGGUGUAGUCGGACUUCUGUAUGCUGAUUGCAGUGAGGCUAUAGGUUAGUCAUUUAUCUUCUGAUUGAUGGUCAAAGCGCAGGCAAGAGUAACAAUGUAUGCCAAGUUAUUCAUGUGUGUGAUUGGAGCUGCGUUUAUCGUCCACCAGGUAAAGAUGCUUCUCGGAUUUGGACUUAUGAUUUGGACUUCCCAGUGCUCAUCUCAGAAAGUCACUCUCAGAAAUACAAAUAUGUCGUAUCUCGUUGUAGAAGAAGUCUACAUUGCUGAAUUGAUGGUGGAGAGCAAUGUCACAGUGGAAGCCCAGACCGUGCUGUCCGCCUUGGAUCAGAUAACUGAACUCCAAGUGACUGAUGGGAACGGAAAUCGCGCAGUGACCAUGCAACACAAUGAGCUGGUAGCAGAGUGCCUGAUUUAUGGGGAUGACAUACAAUGCAACUGUUCUAAAAACUACAUUUGGAGCAAUGAGGUUUGCUACACGUACAACUGCUGCAGUGAAGCUACUUGCAAUCAAAAUGUGUCCUACAUCACACCACUCUGUGUCGCCAAAGUCGAAGUUCACAUUAAUGGAUCUGUUACGCUAAAGGACACCACCUGGGACCCCUCUAAAACUACAAUGCUUGAACACGAGUUUGAAGGACUGAAUGGCUUUAAGUUCCUUAAUGUGACUGGUCAAAGGUUAAGCAACACCAUUGCUGACUUUGAGGCAACUGUAAGUGUCAAAUUCCUCACCUCUAAACUGCAAGACAUCGUGACUGCGCUGGAAACCAAGCUUGAAGCUGUACUUUUGGUCGACACUUUAGGACUGGUCACCAUAGAGUCCCCAAAUUCGUCUGUGUGCUAUAAUACCGCACCCACUCUGAAAUGCACAUUUGAGGAGGAGACAGGUAGUGCUGGCUGGAACAUAUCCAGGGACAACGAGCGCUUGCAGCUCGACAAUGGCAUUGUGGUGAAACUGGACACCAACUGUGCCACAGACGAGUACAAGUCUUGUAUUGGGAUUACACUCCAGGGUGUAACCGGCAUCUGGGCAGGCACAUAUGAGUGUGGAUUCACCAGCGGGUCAGUCAGGCACACAGCCAAGAGCAAAUUACAGGUGGCACUCCUUCCAGAUGAAAUCAUUCUGAAGGCUGACCCUAUAACGGUGGAUUGUCCUUCAGAAGACCCUGUAGACAUUUCAAUCACUGCCACUAUCAGAAACAGCAUGGAGAACUAUAUUGUUUCGUGCAGCUCGAUGCAAAAACGUCAUCCUGACCGUAUAAAAGGAGAUGACCGGUUGUUCUCUUUCACUGCUCGUAUCUCUUGCAAAAAAGACGCCGAUGAACAAUCUGUCACUGUCACUUUUUUAAACUCCAGGAAUCAAGCAAAGAAGGCCGAAGUGAAAAUCCCAGUAAUUUACGUGGGUUCAGGAUCUUGCCCAGACGAUUGGCUUGAUGGAGAUUUCUGGCCAAAGACCCCAUAUGAUGACACAGCCAUUAACCGAACAUGUCCAGAAGGCACGACUGGCUAUAAGUCACGCACUUGUCAAGGCCGUUCCUGGCAGCCUGUGUUUUACUACUGUGUCAACCAAGAGUUAAACAAAAUUGUAUCGGCUGCAGAUAACUUUCAGAAGGGACUAGGAGCCAGCCAGGAGGAGGCCCUGAAUAUAUUUGCACAGCUGAAGAACAACUCAGCAGGUGGUUACUCAGACUCCACUGAAACCAUGGCGAACAUUAACGCUUCCAUCGACAUUCUUGAGAAGAUGGCCAGAGCAUCAGAGAACGUUGUUUUGAAUGAGGAAAUCUUUGAUGAUUUUAUUCACGCAGCAAGCAACAUGUUGAGCUCAAGCUGGAAUGGGGUUAACAAUACUAUUGUCCAUGAUAUGUCAUCGACUUACCUUCAGUCUGUUGAGAAUCUGGUGAAGAAUAUCAGAGCCAACACGAGCGAUGGAAUCAAUAGUGAAAACAUACAGCUCAAAAUCUGCUCCAGUUCAAACUGUAGUGUGCCUUCUUUUGACGUCAGUCUGAAUCUGAACAUGUCCAGUGGGAAAGUCAAAACUCUUGCUGUGAAAAAUCUAACGGAUAAAUUGAGAAACAACUUUCGCGAAAGUGAACAUUCCAGCCUCUUAGUAUCAGCCACACUAGAGAACAACAGUGAUUCAUCUUUAGAAAUAGUACUGGACUUCCCUGCAGAACGGCAGGACCUUACUAAACGUUUAUGUGUCUUCUGGAACACCACAGAUAAAAACUGGUCAGAGGCUGGAUGCACUUUAAAAACAACAAACGAUGGGAACCGCACAUUCUGCCAGUGCAAUCACCUGACUUCAUUUUCUGUCCUCAUGGCAAAGGGUGAUAUAUCUAGUGACACUCUAGAUAUCAUUACCAAUGUGGGCCUGGGUGUGUCCAUCUGCUCUUUGCUGAUCUUUCUUACCGUUGAGUCUUUGGUGUGGUCGGCUGUAGUCAAGUCAAACCUCUCACUUUUCCGUCACACAGCCCUGGUGAACAUUGCUGUGUUUCUCUUGCUUGCUGACUGCUGUUUUCUGGCUUCUAGCUCUCCUAAGAGUCUCAGUGAUGACUGGUGCCUAAUUUUGACCAUCUGUAAACACCUGUUUUUCUUAGCCAUGUUCAGCUGGAUGCUGUGCAUGAGUGUCAUGCUUGUUCACCAGCUCAUCUUUGUCUUCAGCCCACUGAGGAAAAGAGUCUUUAUGUUCCUCUCCAGCAUUGUAGGCUAUGUUUGCCCAAUAGUUAUAGUGGGUUGCAGCUAUGUCUAUAGCAAAUACACCAAUACGUCCUACUACUCUCGUAAAACAUGUUGGCUGGUUUUUAAAAGUCUCUUGGUGGGCUCCAUACAUGCUUUCCUCCUCCCUGUGGGAACCAUUAUUUUGGCAAACCUUUUUUCCAUGGUGGUCGUCAUGAUCACUCUGGUGAAGUCCUCUGUCCCUGACAAAAGCAAGGCUGAUGACAAGGAGACAGUCAAAAGCAUCAUUAAAGUCGUCGUUUUUCUAACCCCUGUUUUUGGAUUGACAUGGAUUAUUGGAUUUGCACAGCUCAUGUUGGAUGAGAAGGGCCCCUUCUUUCAAGUUGCUAUCUACAGCUUCACCAUCCUCAAUUCCUUCCAGGGCCUUUUCCUUCUGCUUACAGGGGUUUUUGCAGAGCAGAAGGUCCGAGAGGAAAUGUUUAAGCUCAUAAUGGCCAAAUCAAAAGGAAAAAGUGAGAGCAUGAAGAAUCUGACUUCCACCACGUACACCAAAGACAAAUGAAGACUGAGGUUUUGGGACCAAAACAGCAUCGUACCUGUGUGCAGCUCCACCUUUUGUUAAAUGAUAGUGAAGUUUCUUUGUGGAUUACACAGGUGAAGAUUGGUUGUACUAAGACGUUUGUACUAAGGUAGAAUCCUUACCUUUUGACCAUAUUUAUUUAUUUGAUGGCUGUGACCAUUACUGUUAUUGAUACUAGUAGUAGCUCUUAAUCUGUCUCAUUAAAUCAAAUAUUGCUCCAAGGAGACGUGAAUAUUGUUCAUGUAUACCUUUGAAUGCAUCCUUGUUUUUUUUUAGGUUUAGCAGAUGCUUGUUUUUCCAUAUUUCUUUUAAGUACCAAAAAAUAAAACACAAUAAUAGGCGGUAGAUUGUAAAUCCUGAUUAUAUAAUAUAUAUAUACGUUUUUUUAAAUACAUUUGGCUAGGUUUGAUCAUUUUGUUUAAAGUAGGAAUGUGCGACACUAUACACAUAAAUACAUCAGAAAUCCAGUAUAUCCUCUGUAAAUGUCUCGCUGAAUCCUGACUGUCUGCAAUGAGUGAGAAGCGAGAGUCCUGCUGACUGUGUUUUUUGUUGUACCUGUGUUUUUACAUGGACGGAUCGACUCCUCUCCUUGCAUAUAUUUGGCUUAUUUAGAUGAAACGUUAACAUUUUUAGAGCACAGUCAUUCCAUGUCAAUUUGCGAGCAAUGUGAAGCUACGACUCCGAGCUAACCAAAGAGCGCUAACAUUAGCCUGCCAACAAACUGAUGCAGGCCAGAGACAAUUUGCUGAUCAAGCCAAGGAAAAUUUUGCCUGCUAAUUUCGCUCGACUCCUUUGGGUCGCUGCAGGAGAGUGGAGGCUUAGGUAUGGCGGAGGUGUGGGCAAACAGCUUCAGUUUGUUUUGGUUUCAUGCUGGUCUUCAAGGGCGACAUCUACUGGAUCAAAAAAGCCGCACAUUCUUCCUUUAAAGGAAAGCGACAUGAACCAUUACCUGUAAUAUGUGUGUGACUAUGUAGCUAAAUAAGUUUUCGUGUAAAACAAUAUGUAUAAAUAAAAUAAAAGAGAAGAAUAUAUUGUC